UAGUCAAAGAGGAAUCCUUUGGGAAGGGACACAAAUCACUUCAAUUUUAACAACAGAGGCAAAUCGGAAUCUGCAGCGACAAGAGUCCCCCCCUUUUGAUUUUUCUUUCCUUUAUCAUUUAAUCUUUCUGACAGAGUAAGAUCUGUGUCGGAAAAGGGGGAAAGCAAAGACGAGAAAACUUCUUGGAGGAUGAUGACAUUUGAUAUAGCGCAGUCUCUAAGCUGUACUUGAUCCCUCUAUUUUUUGAACUGACACAAGAACUCGUUCUACUAAAUCUCCGCACGGAGAAAGCAUUGCGGAAGGCUCCAGCGACAUUUGCUUCUCGAUAUAGUGUGUAUGAAAAUCUCUCUGUCCCCUUUUCGUCUUGGUGACACUUGGAUUUUGUCCUAACUAUUUCUGCACUUGUUUUGAUCCUAUCGCCGUGCUGUCAUUUGGACAUCAGAGCGCCGCGAGCUUGUUCUGUCGCGCACGCGUUAACCUCCUCUCGGCUCGUGAGAGUGAACGGGACGUGGACACCUGAGAGCACACGCGCACUUACGGGGACCGUGAAAGAUCGCGUUUUCAUGUUUGGGAUUCAGGAGAGCAUCCAACGGAGUGGGAGUACUUUGAAAGAGGAGCCCCUAGGUGCUGGCAUGAACGCAGUCCGGACAUGGAUGCAAGGUGCCGGGGUGUUGGAUGCGAACACGGCCGCCCAGAGUGGAGUUGGGUUGGCCCGGGCACACUUCGAAAAGCAGCCGCCCUCAAAUCUUCGAAAAUCCAACUUCUUUCACUUCGUUUUAGCCCUUUAUGAUCGACAAGGGCAACCGGUGGAAAUUGAGAGAACCUCUUUUGUUGGAUUUGUUGAGAAAGAAAAGGAGACUACUGGAGAAAAGACGAACAAUGGAAUACAUUACAGACUACAACUUCUCUACAGCAACGGCAUUAGAACAGAACAGGAUUUUUACGUCCGACUAAUUGACUCCAUGACUAAACAGCCAAUCAUCUAUGAAGGUCAGGACAAGAACCCGGAGAUGUGCCGUGUGCUACUGACUCAUGAGAUCAUGUGCAGUCGGUGUUGUGACAAGAAAAGUUGUGGGAACCGGAAUGAGACCCCAUCUGACCCCGUCAUCAUUGACAGGGCCUACAAAGGAAAAAAUUCCUCACCUCCUUUCCUCCAACCCUCGUUCUGUCCCUCUUACCGGCUCGUCCCUCUUACCGGGGACUUCUGGGCGACCCCAGGCCGACCUUUUCGCCACACCAAGAUGUUCGGGGCUGCCAUCUCCCUCAGCCCUUUCCCUCCUUGUGGCCAGCGGUGCUUUAGUCAAGGAGGUUCCUGCUGGUUGAUGGAGCUGCGGUUUGGGAAGCUUAGUCCCUCGCCUCCGGCCCCGUGGCUCGUCACAGCAACGCACAGAGCCCCUCUCACUCCGAGGGCCAUUAGCUCCUGGCGGGUGCGGCUCCCCCUCCGCUAA